UAAAGAGCUUCCCGGGACUCAGCUUGUCACAACCUGAAGCCCCAGCGACUCGCUCACCAGAGCUGAACCUCAGCAGAGAUAGCAGCAAGCAGGCACUUCCCCGCCGCGCAGGCUAACUCGCUUUCGGCUUUGGUUCGAGAUGCAGACUCGUUGCACCAUGAGGGCCCCCAGCAGCGCCCACAACUUCAAGAGUGGACUGUGUCUAUGGCUGAUUCUGUGGCUGGUGGUGGUGAAGCCAGGCGGGGUGGAGGCAUGCCCCAGGCUGUGCGUGUGUUACCCUACGCCCAUGACGGUCAGCUGCCAGUCCCAGAACAUCACCAUAGUGCCGGCUGGGGUGCCAUAUGACUCACAACGUGUUUUCCUGCAGAACAACCGCAUCACAGAGCUUCGCGCAGACUCUUUUGGCUUCGAGACACAGGUGCUUUGGCUAUAUGGCAACAACAUCACAUGGAUUGAGGCCGGAGCCUUCAGUAACCUCAGGGUGCUGGAGGAGCUGGAUCUUGGCGAUAACCCGCUGCAGCGCCUGGAAGGUGGAGCCUUCAGGGGCUUGGAGAAGCUGCAGAGCCUGCACAUGCAUCGCUGCAAGCUGGCCGCUCUCCCCCAUGACCUCUUCCACAAGCUGUACAGCCUGCAGUUCCUCUACCUGCAGGAUAAUCAGCUCCACUUUCUGCAGGAUGACCUGUUCUCAGAUCUGGUCAACCUCACCCAUCUCUUCCUUCAUGGAAACCGCAUCCGUGCCCUCUCUGAGAAUGUGUUCAGAGGCCUGGUCAACCUGGACCGCCUCCUUCUCCAUGACAACCGCAUCAGGCAGGUCAACCGUCGGGCUUUCCGUGACCUGGGCCGCCUGACCAUCCUUUACCUGUUCAACAACUCCCUGGCCGAGCUGCCAGGCCAGGCCAUGAAAGACACCCAAGGCAUCCAGUUCCUCCGCCUCAAUGGUAACCCCUGGUCUUGCGGCUGUGAGGCUCGUUCCCUCUGGGAGUGGUUCCGCAAGUCCCGCAUCUCCUCCUCUGAGCUCAUGUGCACUUCCCCAUCCCAACGUCGCGGCCAGGACCUCCGAUUCCUCCGGGAGUUGGACUUCGCCCUCUGCCCUCUGCCUGACCCCGGCUCUCUGGCUGGCAGCACCACGACCACCUUCAGCACCAAGACCCGCUGGUGGUUCUCCAAACACAAGCCUGCAUCUUCAUCCAAGGCCUCAUACCAGAAGAGCACAGAGACGGUGAAGGCCUUCCCCUUCUCCGCCGUCAAGCCUCAGUACCUCCCCCAGACCCCCUCCGAAACCUUCUCCUCCAAGUAUGAACUGUCAGAGGAUGAGGUGGCGCUCCCCAAGCUGGACCAAGAAGAAUACUGGGCCAACUAUGGCAACGAAGAUGCCUCCAUCCGCUGCUUCGAGCUAGAGUGCCCCCCAGGCUAUGACAACCCAGCUUUCCCCUCAUCCUCCUCCUUACCCAGCACCCCAUCCUUCCUCCACCUCCUCUCCCUUUCCAUUGUAACAUUCUCCCUCCAUUUCCUUUUUGGCUGAACACUUCUCUCCUCCAUACCCUUUUUUCUCCUCCGAUUUCUCCCCCUGCUCUUUCCAACUCUAACAAAAACCUGGAUCUUGAUUCCUUUCAGUUACCUCCUCGACUUGCAGGGGGUGCUACACUGACGCAGGGAGACAGGCGAGGCAGCAGGGAGCUGUUUAAAAAGAGCAGAGAUCAGUUGAAUUGAUGUAGAGCAGGACAGGAUUUCAGUGUUGAAGUAGCUGCUGCUUAUUGGUACAGGCUUUAAAAAUCAGGGAUCACAUCAUGAAAACUCUGGUAGUGACAGUACAAAGGCAGAAACCUACAACAACAUCUUUAAAUGAUCGGGACACAACGCAGAUAGCUGGUGGUGUCUCCAGAUGUUUUUUGAAAUCACAGCUGUAAACAACGCUGGCGUUGUGACUCGUCUACAGCUAUUUUCUAUAUCAACUAGUGCUCACCAUCCAAUAACCGCUGAUGUUAUCCCUCACUAAUUUAUUUCUUUUAUCAUGAGUAAAAGUGGCGAAUAAUGAUACCAGAAGUAGGAGAAAGAUGCGGAUUAAUGCAGAUAAUGAGAGGCUUGAAAAAUAAAGAAUUACAGGGAGAAGUGAAAAUAAAAUCAGUACAAUGUGAGCAGAGUGAGCUUUAGAUAUUCAUCUAAAGGCAGGAAAGAAUGAGAGGAUCAUUAGAUCUGCAGCCAAGAGCAGCUCUCCUCUCUCCUUCAGAUUCAAAAUCUUGUGUGAUCCCAGAGAUGCCAGCAAACCACCACCACCUCCACCCACACUUGUACAUAACACACAUCAUCACUGUACAUACUCUCAAACGGCUCUGUAUUUUUGACUAGCUGGAUUUCUACUUUUCAUUUUAGUACCAUUUAGUAAAUGAGAGCUUGUGUUGAUAGAAGAGAAGGCAAACAAAUGAAAUGUGGAAACUCCUUUUCACCCCUCAUGUUCUCCAUUCUUGUCUCUCCCUCUCUCAGACUACCUAAAAACUUGUUUCCCAGACUAAAUGGAAAAUCUAAACAUUGAGAUGAGAUUAAACAUAUGUUGGUGCUCACUACCAAAAAAGGGAAGACUUGUGCUCCAGAUUCAGUUUUUGUUGUUUGAGUGGGAUUGUUGUAGACUAAUAACCAAAGACCUGAGAAGAACAGUUUGAUCAGGUCUCUUCUUAAAAUGAGUGCCCGUGUGUAUGUGUCUGUUUUCCCUUUAAAAAAUAUGGCCUCUGUCUGUCUGUCUGGAUGUCCAAACGGACACAGAACAAGGUAAGAAACAACACCAGGCCUGAAUCCUACACAGCCCUUUGUGUUGUUUGAAGCCUCAGGUUUGUUACAUUACACUUUGACCUGCAACUGGGCUCAAUCAGUGUGACUGUGUGUGUAUGCAUGAGGAUGUGUGUAUUUCUUUUUAACUCUGAUUGAAAGCUGAAAAAGUAUUUUAUGUCUCAAGGACCCAAAACUGUUUCAAAACUGUAUAGUUUAAGAAAUGCAUGGGAAUCUGUGUAUCAGGUUUUUUCUUUACUAUUUUUUGAACAAAUGUGGUAAAUCCGAAGGUUUCAUCUGAUUUCAGUGAUAUAUCUCUGUAUUUUAUGGUACAGACCACCAUCAGGCUGUCACAUAUUAAAGCUGUUCUUUAUUAGAGAACC